GUCAUUUCCUUUCAGCUCUGAGCCAGAAGAAGACUGCAGCAGGCUAUGGCGUAGACUGUCCUGGGAUUCUUGUUUGAGAUCCUACAUUUACAGGAUCCCUGUCCUAUAAAUCUAUGAAGAUUCCUGUCAUGACAACCGAUGAUAAUGGCCAGUAAGAAGAAAGUAAUAGUAACAGGUUUUGAACCUUUUGGAGAGCAUGCAGUGAACUCCAGCUGGGUGGCAGUACAGGAACUGGAGCGAUUAGGCCUGGGUGACAUGGUAGACCUUCAUGUGUGUGAGGUGCCUGUUGAAUACCAGGCAGUUCAAAGCCUACUGCCAUCUCUGUGGAAAGAACACCAGCCACAGUUAGUGGUCCAUGUUGGUGUUUCUGGGUUAGCCACCACUGUUACUCUGGAGCAGUGUGGCCACAACAAAGGUUACAAACGCCUGGACAACUGCAACUUCUGCCCUGCUUCUCAGUGUUGCCUGGAGAACGGCCCUGACUGCAUACACUCGGUGAUGGACAUGGACACAGUCUGCAAAAGGGUUAAUGACUCUGGCCUCGGGGUCACUCUGUCUGUAUCUAAGGAUGCUGGAAGGUAUCUAUGUGACUACACCUACUACACCUCUCUGCACCUUGGGCAGGGUCGCUCUGCUUUCAUCCAUGUGCCUCCACUUGGAAAACCCUACAGCAGCCAGGACCUGGGCAGAGCCCUUCAGGCUGCCAUACAGGAGAUGCUGAAACUGCUGGAACUGCAUCACAAACACAAUGAGCACUGUGAUCACCAGCAUCAACACGAGCACUAAUGACCAAGUUUUCACUAACGGUAGCUGAUUAUGAUUUAUGAUUAUGAUAGUUGCGUAGCUCAAAAGAUUAGAAAAACCUGAAAAACUUAUAGAGGUAGUGAUGACUCAAACUUCAAAAAUUGCCUAAAAAAUUAACUUUAACUAAAGAGUUUUCAUCUAAUUUUAUUAUAUAACUUAAAUGAAAGGGUUCACAUUUAAUGCAAUUUUUUCUAUCAUGUUGAGUCAAUCUGAAUAAAUGGAUUCAUUUAGUCAGAGCAAAUUACAUUUUUGCAAACUUCUACACAUACAUAAUGUGUUUAUUAUUCAAGUAUUAUGUAUAAAAAUAAUGCAUUUCAAAUGAGUAAUUUUGUCUCCUUGAACAAAUCACACUCAACUAAUUUAAACUCACUGAUUCAGCUUCAGAGGAAAAGCUCUUUACAUUGAACAAGGGUUAGGAAAUUUUAUAUGUAAUUAAAAUACUUAAAUUCUGUUUUUUUGUUUUCUAUUUUUGAGUGAAGAUGGUCAAGCAUUACAAAUUAAUGCCAUGAAUUUUACAUUUGAUGUCAACAAUGUGAACUCAUGUCUUGCAAUCGGUGCUUUUGACUGUAGUAACAGUUGUAUCUUAAAAAUAUUGAGGGCAUCACUUCAUUAUAGACCUGGUCAGGGUUUCUGCAUGUGUGGGUGUGAAUCUGUGUGCAGGCUUAGUGGUUAUCAUGUCUCUUCAACCCUUCUCCAUAUGACUGUGAAUAUAGCUGUCAACUCAACUCAUACUAAUGUUGAAUCUUGUCAAUAAGGGGGUUUAAUAUCAGCAGUACUAACAGGCGUUUGCUGUAACCACAUGUUAUAUCUGGGGAUACACAGUGGGAAUUAUUUUUAUUAUUAUUUUGAAGGCCACAUCCUUCCCCUGCUUCCUGAAAGUCUGUCCUCUUAGUAUUUCAUUCUCCUAACUCCUCUCAGUAUGAUUUGGUUCUUGUCUUGGAAUUAUGAUAUCAUUCCUUUCUGUUGCUUGUAUUUGCACCAGAGAAAUGUGAUGGGAACACGAUCAAAUUUUAGAAUAAUUUGUUUAUCUCAGGGAAUAUAUUGCACAUGCAAUCAGUAUUAAGUUAUGUGAUGAAAUGAAUGCGUCUGUCAUGUGUGUAGUGCAACUGUGAAAGUCAAAGCUGGCUGAAAGUUGUGUGUAAUUAAAACACUUAACACAGA